AUGAGCUUCAUCAAAUCCUUCUUCAUAUCCCUCUAUAUUAUAAAUUCUGAUCAUAUCUCAAUACAAGCAAACGCAAUAAUCGACAUACAAAAUAAUUGUCCCUUCACGGUAUGGGCAGCAGCCGUCCCCGGUGGGGGACGACGACUCGAGUAUGGUGAUACAUGGAAAAUCGAGCCAGACAUGACCACGAGCUCAACUAAAAAGGGUCGUAUUUGGGGUCGAACCAAUUGUAAUUUUGACUCAUUAGGGCACAAUCAAUGUCAAACGGGGGAUUGCAAUGGACUACUCGAAUGUCAAACUUUUAGUAGUACACCCCCAAACACUUUGGCUGAAUACGCUUUAAGCCAAUACAACAAUAAUGAUUUCUUCGACAUAUCUCUUGUUGAGGGUUUCAACGUCCCAAUGGAAUUUAGUCAUGUGUCCGCGGAUGAGUGCUCUGCCAGGAUCAGAUGCACCGCGGACAUAAUAGGACAAUGUCCAAAUGAAUUAAGGACACCUGGAGGAUGCAACAAUCCUUGUACGGUUUUCAAGACGGACGAAUAUUGUUGCACGUCUGGAAAUUGUGGUCCGAUCAACUAUUCGAGGUUCUUUAAGGAUAGAUGUUCAACUUCUUUUAGUUAUCCUACAGAUGAUUUAAGCAGUCUCUUUACUUGUCCUAGUGGAACUACCUAUAGAGUUGUCUUUUGUCCGUAA